GUGAAUUUAAAGUUUGCAUUAGAACGCCAGGGGCCAACGUAUGCUGUGUCCUGUCAAAUAGGUUGAAAAUAUAAAUCACCAUGGCGACUUCCAAACUGUUGUUGGGGAAAGAUGGGUUACCAUUGAAGCAAGGUUUAUAUGAUCCGUGGUACGAGAAAGAUGCCUGUGGUGUAGGAUUUGUUGUUAACAUUAAUGGUGCUAAAGACCACAAGGUUUUGAGAGAUUCUCAAAUAAUGUUGGAACGCAUGCAGCAUAGAGGAGCAUGUGGAUGUGACAAUGAUACAGGUGAUGGAGCUGGUGUUAUCACAGGGAUUCCUCAUGGCCUGUAUUCUAAAUUUCUCAGUAAGGAUGGUGUAACUUUGCCAGCCCUUGGUAAAUAUGCUACUGGUAUACUGUUUUUGGAUAAAACCACUGCAGAUGAAUGCGAGACAUUGUUUGCAAACAUUGCCUUGGAGUGCAAGUUAAAGGUGAGAUUAUGUGUUGGGAAAACAGCACAUUGA